AAAACAGCCCUGCUCGUCAUUCCUGCAGUGUGCACUAUCGCAGCAGCUCCUGUCAGACACAGAGAGAGGUAACACCGAGCCAGGGAAGCUGCAGAGCACCCACACCCACAAAGGAUACAGACAACUACCCUUACUCAUCCUCCUCCCUCCUUUUUUCUCUCUCACCCACUCCUAUCUCUCAUGCUAUCUCUCUCAACUCUUCGCUCAGCAUUCUCCAAACUGCUGGGGUUGUAGACACGCUGACCACCACCUCUCUAAACAAACCAACACUCGCCACUGAGAAGAAACUUCAAGAAGCUCAGCCACACGGAUUCCCUUUGCAACGGUUCAAGGAUGCCGGAGUUUGGACCAAGAUGGAUGAGGCUCAUAUGUUUGACUCUUCUGUUUUAUGUCUGUUCCUGCUGAGGGAAUCAAACGCCAGGAGAGCCCCCAAGAUACCCCGCUGCCCUGCGACCUGCUCCUGCACCAAAGACAGUGCCUUCUGUGUUGAUACCAAGGCUAUCCCCAAGAGUUUCCCUCCUGGAAUCAUAUCUCUGACGAUGGUGAACGCAGCCUUCAAUACGAUCCCAGAGGGAGCGUUCUCACACCUACACCUACUGCAAUUCCUGCUCUUGAACUCCAACACAUUCACCAUGAUUGCUGAUGAUGCCUUCGCCGGUCUGUCACACCUGCAGUACUUGUUCAUUGAAAAUAAUGACAUCCAGGCUCUCUCAAAGUACACCUUCAGAGGACUAAAAUCCUUGACACAUCUAUCUCUCUCAAACAAUAACCUGCAGCAGCUGCCCAGAGAUCUCUUCAAACAUCUAGACAUCCUCACGGAUUUAGAUUUACGCGGGAAUUCCUUCCACUGUGACUGUAAAAUUAAGUGGCUUGUAGACUGGAUGGAGAAAACCAACACUUCCGUUCCUGCGAUCUACUGCGCCAGCCCCUUUGAGUUCCAGGGACGCAGAGUUCAUGAUCUCACACCACGAGAUUUCAACUGCAUCAGCGCAGAUUUUGCUGUUUAUGAAACCUUCCCGUUCCAUUCUGUAUCUGUGGAGUCCUAUGAGUUCAAUGGAGAUCAGUUUGUAGCCUUUGCUCAGCCUGAUUCUGGAUUCUGCACCUUGUACAUAUGGGAUCAUGUGGAGAUGCUCUUCAGGAAGUUUCAUAAUAUCACAUCUCGUUCUGCCGUGUACUGCAAACCGGUGGUGAUAAACAACACUCUAUAUAUGGUUGUGGCUCAGCUGUUUGGUGGCUCUCAUAUCUACAAGUGGGAAGAAGACCCUCAACGCUUUGUAAAGAUCCAAGACAUUGACACCACUCGUGUGAGGAAGCCCAACUUUGUGGAGACCUUCCAGCUGGAUGGAGAGUGGUACUUUGUGGUAGCAGACAGUUCCAAGGCUGGAUCCACCAGCAUCUAUCGGUGGAACAGCAAUGGUUUCUACUCACACCAAUCCCUCCAUCCCUGGCACCGGGAUACCCAUGUGGAGUUUCUGGAUGUUGGGGGGAAGCCUCACCUCAUCCUGUCCAGUGCCUCACAACCCCCGGUGGUUUACCAGUGGAACCGAAACCAGAAGCAGUUUGCGUUCCACUCCCUAAUCACAGAGUUAGCCGAUGUGCAGAUGGUAAAGCACUUCUGGGUCAGAAGAGUUCUGUACCUUUGCCUGACACGCUUCAUUGGUGACUCCAAGAUCCUCCGCUGGGAAGGGCAGCGUUUUGUGGAGAUCCAGACUCUCCCCUCUCGGGGCUCAAUGGCUGUGUAUCCUUUCACAGUUGGCCUCCGCCAGUACCUCAUCCUUGGAAGUGAUUUCUCCUUCUCCAGAGUAUAUUUGUGGGAUGACCUCACACAGCGCUUUAAGCCAUUCCAGGAGCUCAACAUGAGAGCUCCACGGGCAUUCAGCUUAGUAUCUGUCGACAACAAGGACAUUCUGCUGGCUGCCAGUUUCAAAGGCAACACCCUGGCUUACCAGCACCUGGUGGUGGAUCUCAGUGCCAAGUAGACAUGUUACUAUCAAAGAGAAGAGAGGUGUGUCUGAAUAUACAGUAUAUGAACAUGUGCCAAAUAAAUAAAAAACUGCGAAAUAUUGAAGCCAUGUAACUAAAGGUUUGCUAUUUUAUCUGACAUUUUAAGCGAGGCAAAUAAUUAAAUGAAUGUUUGAUCUAUUUUUAUGCACUAUCCUUUAACAUCUGAAGUGAAUCGUUUAACACAGCAUCAGUAACAUGCCAGUGUAAGUGCCACGUCACUGCAGCAUCUCUGCUUUGUUUCAUCCUUAUAUAUGUUUUUUUGGGAUUAUGAUGUUGUAUUAUGUACCUAACUAAUGUGAAAAUGAUGUGCAUGUACAUCUACUGGAUUAUUAACAAAUAAGACUGAAUGCUAUGGAGGUUUUCCUAAAUUUCAUGUAUCUGUGAAGAUUUUUGCAUGAAAUUGUGAAAAUGAUUUGAACUGUGUAAAACAAGCAAUACGUAUCACUGCAAUACCUUACAUCCAUGAUUAUGUUUUUGUUGAUAUAUGGUGCCUGUUUUGAAUAUGAAGUUUGUUCUCAAAUGAUGAAAUAAUUAAUUUAAGAACCAGCCUGUCACCUGAGACCUCCCUAGAAAAUGUAAACUCACUUAAUUACUGUUAAUUUUAUUCACAAUUUAUGUCUGCAAACAUUCUAUUUUUAAUAUAUACAGUCUGCAUACUUAGUACCCAAGACUAAAACUUGGACAUACAAGGAUAUUUUGGUGGUAAAAUGAACUGAUUUCAAAACUUGAGACAAAAUCAGACAUGUUAUUUAUGGUUAUAAGAGAGUUUAAUGCUAUUUUAUGUUUUUUAAUGUAAAGUCAUACACUGUGUUUAAUGUUUUGCUGUGUAUAUUUGCACCCAGGUAAGCAGGAGGCAUACAAUUAAAUCCUGCUUUUGGCCCCUGAAAGGCUUAUGUCAUGAGUCACUCAAUGGUGCCCCAAAAGUAGACUUUUGCAGUAAUUUUAGAGGUUCUUUUAAACUGCAACAGAUUAUAAGAACAUCUGAAAUUACUGCCAGUCAUGUUAUGAAUUUGGUACACUCUAGUCUUUGUCGAUAAAGCUGAGUGUUGGGCUUUGAGGCUGUGGAGCUUUUGUAACAGUGGAUGACAAAAAUAAGAAUGAAAUCCCAUCAUUUAUAAAUGUAAAAAAAAGUUUCAAGUGAACAACAUAUAGAACAUGUUUGUUGAUUUAAGAAUGCAUGGAUCUUCAAAUAAAACUGAAACUCUUUGGUGGAAAAAAUAUGUACAUUUA